UAGAAAGCGCCGGAUCGCUAGCAGUUGAACUAACAGGUAUAACAGAGUUUUGACAGAUUCUUCUGAUUUGUGCUGAUAUUGGCGCGUGCCAGAUGGUCCAGGAGCCAGCCGGGCUCUGCUUCGUGCUCCUUCUUCACCCGUGUGAGCCGUCAUGGCGGAGGAGGAAGGCAUUGUGACAGAGCAGACGGAAGAGGCUUCGGGUGGACUGUGCUGGCUGUCAGUGCUGUCCUGCCUCCUGCUCGCCUGCUGCUAUGUUGGCAGUUUGUAUGUCUGGAGGAGCGACUUGCCCAGGGAUCAUCCUGCGGUGAUAAAGAGACGCUUCACCAGCGUCCUGGUCGUGUCGGGUCUGUCGCCUCUCUUUGUUUGGGCAUGGAGAGAAUUCACUGCAGUCAAGACUGUCUCACCAUUGCUGGCCCUCCUGGGGAUUCGCCUUGAAGGUUUUAUUCCUGCAAUUGUUCUUCCUCUGCUGCUGACUAUGGUCCUGUUUCUGGGCCCACUAAUGCAGCUGUCCAUGGACAGUCCCUGGAGCUUCAUAGAUGGUGUUCGCGUGGUGCUUGACCCGUGCUUCUGGACGCUGUGCCUCAGCGACAUGCGCUGGUUGAGGAAUCAAGUGGUGGCACCACUGACGGAAGAGUUGGUGUUCAGAGCCUGCAUGUUGCCCAUGCUGGUGCCGUGUGCCGGUCCUUCCACUGCCAUCUUCACCUGCCCUCUGUUUUUUGGAGUGGCUCAUUUUCACCAUGUCAUAGAGCUGCUGAGGUUCAGACAGGGCACGCUGUCAGGAAUUUUCUUCUCAGCAGUGUUUCAGUUCUCCUACACAGCAGUGUUUGGAGCUUACACUGCAUUCAUCUUUAUCAGAACAGGUCACCUGAUUGGUCCGGUUCUCUGUCACUCCUUUUGUAACUACAUGGGUUUCCCAGCCAUCAGCACUGCACUGGAGCACCCCCAACGCCUCGCCAUUUUAUCAUCCUACUUGAUGGGAGUUCUUCUCUUUUUCAUGCUGCUCUUUCCUUUAACAAACCCUUCCUACUAUGGCGUCCCUACUCCGGUCUGUACCCUCACCUCGUCCCCCAGCUCUCUCUGUUUUUCCUGACCCCCUUUCUCAGCCUACACAGGCAUAUCUGCUUUUGUCCUGUUGCUGUUUAAUAUUUAGGCAAUCAAGGGUUUGGUAUGUUUUAACGGUGAACUGGCGCUGAUGUCCUUUACAAAUUGACUGGACAGUGCUGACAGGUUUUAGGGGUUAUAAUGAGCCAAAUUUCUAACUAAGCGUUAUUUAUGGUUUCCUUUAUACAAAAGGCGGUCACAUCUCAGAAUGUGUUGAAACUAAGGUUAAUGUUCUGGGGAACGUUCUGUUCCUUCACUGACCUAUUAACCGGAACUCAAAUUAUCUUCAUAACUCAUGUUUUUUUUAUGUGCUUCCACAAACUUUGAGUCAAACUUAGCAAAGGCUUAUUUGGGGAAAUUUUCCAGUUUUUUAUUUUUAUUUUUUUUAUUAUUAUUAUACAGCUUUCAGGUCUGUGAGGUAAUCAGAUGCUUUAUUUAGCCGUUAUCUUGAUCCGUUCGGACAACCAAACAAAUGGUAAUGAUCAGGUUUGGCCUUCAUCUCUGCUGUAUGAGUCGGGUCACAGGAGGAUCUAAAGCAGGUCCAGGUUUUGUUGGCUGAUCCAGAAUUUAUGCUACUUGUUAGGAGCUACACUUUCCCUUUUGACUGCAAUCUGACAUCUUCAGCAGGGUUUCUGUUAUCUCUGGCUGUGUGAACCUUCUGGAAGAAUCAGUACUGCUGUAGCUGCACUGAAGUACAGGAACAGAAAUGUUGUCAUUGAUAGAAUAUGCUGCAAGAUAUCUAGUUUAUUUUUAUAUUCAUGGUUUGAUUUUUAGCAUCACGUUUUUUUUUUUUUCCACUUUGUUUUUAAAGUGAAGGUUCAAUCUUUAAUAUGUCCUACGUUUAGUCAUACUCAGUAAAUGUUAGUAUCAUUGAAGAGUUCAUUUAUUUCAAUAACUCAAUUGGAGGAAGCGCAUUACAUAAAUUACAUACAGUUUUGAACCUUUCAUUUCAUUUAAUUAUGAUUAUAUUUCACUUACAGUUAAUGAAAACAUGACAUUUAAUAUUGGAAUAGUUCAUUGGAUCAAUUAAAGUUAAUUUUAAUACAGAAAUCUGAGCUGUGAAACUUUUACAAAUAAAAAGCUAGUCUUUUUUAAAGUUGUAAAAGCUGUCACCAUGCUAUGACAGUACAGUAUGAGACAGAUAAUCUGUGAAAAGAUUAUCUCUGUCACCUCCUCCCGGUGCUUCUAUUGCCAUCAGAAGAAAUGCACCAAAAAUAAUUGGGCAGAGUCAGGAGGCGGGGCUUAGUGCUCUCAGUCCAGCUCGAGUUUGCGCUGCUAAAUGUACAGGAAAUCAACUUAGUAGCAGAGAGCAUAAGACAGUGGGGGAAUGAGCGAUGUGUAUAUGAGCGUAAAUAACAGCGCUAAGACCCUCCUCCUGGCUCUGAUUGGCUGUGUCUCAUUAGCGCUGGAAGAAGGCAGAGGAGUUAGAUUUGUUUUCUUUUCACAGAUUAUUUGACUCAUGUUGUCCCAAGAUGGUAACAGUUUCUAUAAAUAUAACUCAGAAGUCACAUACUGCAUCUUUAACGUCUGCUUCGAGGUUCAAAAGGUACUCAUGACUGUACAGUUACCUGACUAUAUGUAUUUUAGGUGGCAGUAGUUGAGUCAUUUUGCUGAUGAACAUGGAUGAUAGAAUGGUUCCAGUUGUUUCUCUCUGCAUGUUUCGCCUUUAGACACAUUCAGUAGCUAAGCUAGUUAUCUCCAUGCACAGCAAGUUCGUCACAUAGUUUCAGAAUCUCUGCUUUUUCUUUUUGUCUGAUUUUCAUUUGCAAUAAUAGAAUUCUAUUCAUCUUCAUAUUUUCUAUCACCAGAAGUUGGUACUGCUCAUAAAGUGUGUCAUGCUUAAGAUAGGAUACUUAGAAGUUUGGUAAAGCUUCAACUAAAUAUUUAUUUUAUUCUUUUCAAGCAUCUUGUUAAAUGUUCCAAAACAGUCAAUUUAUUGACAAUAAGUAUGCACAUUUAACAGGUUUUACUCUGGUACUUUGGGGGUUUUGUGGUGCAUUGCUAAUAUUAAAAUGAUUUAAUGGCUUGGGAGAUUCAAAUAUUUGCACUCUUCAGUUGGCACUGAAGAGUGCAAAUAUUUUUGUGGUAAUGGUUGUUCCUUCUAGAUAGAAAAUUUAAUGUGAAUGUCCCACAACCUUUCCCUUUAUUAAAAUCCGUGAAACAAUCCUAUAGAAGCCAAUUGGGGGAAGAAAGGCAGUUACUAAUUCAAGAGUGCAGCAUUGCUAUGUCUGCUAUAUUUGUGCAGCCGAAAGCAGCAAAGUUUCCCUUCAAAUAUCUCUAGACAGUAUCCAGUGCUGGUUGGUUGAAUGUUAGAGGCCCAGAGCAGUUUGUGAAACAUGAGAACAACUUCAUCUGAUCAUUAGAACAUGAUCAGCAAGUUCUCAACCCAGGAUAACACCUUAACAUUACCUUUCAACUUCAACAAGUUAUUUUUGACUGCUAGCAACACAGACUGGUGGAAACAGAGAAGUGCAAGACUGAAUUUACGGAUCUGAAGUAACUUCAUCCAAACUCAUGUGAAUACGAACACGUGUGAGCUCACAGUGUAAACAUUUUAGAUGGUUGAAUUCCAAUGAAAACUUCUCAAUGAGUUAGAAACAUUGUCCAAUAAAAUGUUGAAGGUGUAAUCGUCUCAACACAUUCUGCAAGUCCACUGGUCGUGAACUGAGCUCAGUUCUUAAACUAUAAUCACUCAUUAACGCCGACUAACAACAACUCAGACAACUGCAAGUGGAAAAAAUAAAUGUCUUUUGUGUUCCUCAGAGAACGUGCUAGUACUCGGUAGAAACCAGUGGCAUUUCAGUCCAACCAAUAUGGCAGCGAAACUUGAACAGUGUGUUGUUUGGACGGGUUUGUCCACUUUUGUAUUAACAAUAAAAGUAGAAGUUGUGUUUCAAACUGAUGGUGCAUUUUGGCACAUCAGAUUGAGCAGUUUGGUGGUCCGCCACUGGUUUGUAGCUCAGUCGAUAGGCUUGAGCAAAUUUGAUGUGGUUAAGGGCAAAAACAAACCAGAACAAAAGCUAUAAUUAAGAAAUUUGUGUGAAUGCGGACGCGUGUGUGUGCCCAGUCUUGCCUCAAUAAUAUCUUUGCACUGUCUUGUAGAACAUCAGCUGCAUCAGUCGAUCACUUCAGCAAGACCUUACGCUUGGCAAUAUUUGAAAUUAGGCAGCUGGGAGGCAGGACAUUUCUAAGAAGAUUGAUGUUUAUGAUCAAUAAAUUGAUUGCGUAACAGAAUUAUUUUUACUCAAUCAUGUGUUAUGAGUCAUGUUGUGGCUUGAAGUACUGUGAGGGCAUUGUUCAGGCAGUGAGUUCAGGUAAAGGACGGAUGAAGUGCCAGACCUAAUUUGUGCUUUGGCAGCUAAUUGAAACAAAGGCUCUGCAAAUUCAUGGAGGGUCAAAGGUUUACAUCUACUGCACUGGGAAUGAAUCAUUUCAGGGCACACAGACAAAGAACCCCCCUGACUCUCGUAUGGAAUUCUAAAUAUUGAGAGAGAGAAGAAAACAGUCUGCUCUGAUGUUUAACAUAUAUUCCAAACUUGGUGUUCUAAUACCUAAUCUAAUCUAAUACCAGAAAUGCCACAUUAAGCUGCCAUGGUUACAGCAACCAGUAGCUGAGUGUGCUAAGUUUACAAUACACACACAACACACACCCUGAACUUUGAUUGGCUGAACGAAGCCCAACCACAGCUGAUUGGUUAGAUUUACUGUCACUCACCACAACAGCCCAUGUUGAACAAUCUACCAGUUGGAUUUUGGUUCAGUUGAAUUAUUUGGAGGCAAUCCUCCAUCUUCAUCAUUCCACUCAGUGAUCGCGAACAAUUUGACGCUCAACAUAAUCCUACCACCACCGUGCUUGACAGACGGGACAGUCGUGCUGCUACGUUUGAAAGACUGGCAUCAACGUCUUACAGCAACUCGGUCUUUGUCUCACCUGAAUGAAAAACAUUUCUCUAGAAGAUAUUUAGAUUUUCUAUGUGGGCAGUUGCAAGUUUUAGCCCAAAGUGACGUCUGCUUUGGAACAGUGGCUUCUUUCUUUGGGGGCGCCAUGUCAGAAAUGUGUUGUGGUUCUGGAUUGGAAAAAGCAGGUUGAAGGUUUGAUUUUGAAGUAUUCUGCGAAGUUAUUAUUGUUAAUGGUAGUCAGGCAUGGUGUCAAAUACCAGUGAGCUUGUUGAGCAGUACAAGCAUCCUUGGAGGGAAAGCUUACGAGUUGGAGAUAUGCUGCAUCAAAGCAUGUUUUACUUCACAAAACAGCAAUAAGCACAACAGUUCUAUCAUGUGAAGUGUAGACUAAUAAUGCAACGCUAACACCAACACACACUAACGAUGUAACAUUUUUAGCUUGAGAGUUAAAUUGUUAAUCAGCUAAAACAAAUGAUGUACAUAUGCUGAGCUCACAGAUACCACAGCUAACAUUUUAAUGUCAAUAGUUUUUUUUUAGAGGUAGAGAAAAUAUUGACAAUAACUUCACAGAAUCUCACUUCAAAAACGCCAAACCAACCCUUUAACCCCCAGCCCUUGCAUACGUUUCCUAUGCUCUUUUUCUACGUUUUCUAUACUCUUCUAUGUAAUAAGUCACAAAUAACUGUUUGACAUUAGAAUAAUUUAAAAGUUUCUACAGAUCUUUUUUCUGAUGAAUCUUAUGUGAUGAGUUCCAGGUCUUUGACAUUCGAAGGUUUACCUGCCAUCAGCCUCAUCAUUAGCUGUCUGAUUUAGGUCUCACCUUUCUGGGUCACUUCAGAGUGUUAGUAGCGCCAGUCAGAAGACACAUUCUUGUAAAAUAAAGAGAGCUUUAAAUCUUAUUGCUGCUGUAUGUAACUGUAAUACCUUUUGUUUUUUGUUUUUUACAUAUUUGUUGGAAAAGUCACUAUGUUGAGAGAGUAUGGUAUGUGAAGAAGUUGAGGUCCUCUGCAUCCUCUCGAUGCUAACUAGAAGCAGCUGAUCAGAGACAGGUGGAGGGUCUUAUGGUGCGUUCACACCAAACGCAUUACAUGCGCCAAAAAUGCAUCCAAUGCUUCAAGUUCAAGGCAUGUGCACUUUAAAUGCAAACGAUGGUGCGUUUGCAUCAAACACGUUUUGCGCGUUGGUUUACACUCAGGGG